AUGAAUUUUAGUAUUUUAUUUUUUUCACAAAUUUUGUUGAUUGUUUUUGCAUUGCCAUUUCCGGAUGCCGCUGACCAAGUCAAGCUUGAAAAAUGUCCUGAAUUUGGAAACGAUAAUUUUGCUACAAUUUACAAAAAUUUGAGACGAACUUUUGAUAUCAGAGAUGAAGAAGUAUACUAUCAAUAUUACGCUUGUUUAUUGAAACGAUUUGGUGCAAUCAACGAUGACAACACCGUGAAUCAGAAAGUUUUUCUCGAGUUGUCUGAUAGCGUAGGGUUGUCUCUUUUCAAUACCACAUCAUCUAAUGACAAUAGUAUUGAUAAUAGUGCAGCCAAUAAUUGCUUCAAAAUAAAGGGUGAGACGGCUGCAGAAACCAUCGAAUCACUUGAAAAUUGUCUUAUAAAUACAUACGUCGCUAAAUUUUCUUCAGAUUCAAAAAACUGAUUCUCGUUAUGUUUGUAACAAGUUAAUAAUAAAAAUUAAUCAAUUCUUAACCGAGUAAAUUGAUUUAAUAAAAAAUGAACAGUAAUAAAACCUUAAAAACAUAUCAAUUAAGUAAUUUUUUUAAUUGUUUUUUCUUAAGUUGGUAGUCAUAAUUUUUAAAAAUGCUAUAACCUGAUAUUAUUCAAAUUUUAUUUUAAUUAUUCAAUUUAUCCAGGAUUUUUUAGCUUAAAGUUUUUCUUUCAAUCUCAAGGUUCAUAAAUCUACCAACUUUUUAGUGAUAAAAUUAUCUUGUUCUUAAACGAAGGAUUUUUCUGCAUCAAAACUAAUUUAACAAGUACAAAUUUUACCAAAAAUUACGUAUUUUUUUUAACAUCAAAAAUUCAAAUUUUAAUUUUUUCUUCGUCCAAAAACAAGCUAUAAAUAUCUACUAAAAAGCAAAAUUUGGUUUUGUAAAAUAAAAUUUUCAUUUAUAUACAUCGAAUAUCACUACACUAUUAUGCUAAUUAUUAGCUAACUAGUCUAAAUUCAUCCUAUUAUCAUCACUAAGUCAAAUUAAUAUUGCGAUAAAAUGUAUAUUAUUUGUAUCAUGGAUAUAUUUGCUAUAACCAUACAUGUAUUUAUAUUUAUAUUUAAAUGUUUGUAACUUUGCCAUUUAGCUUGGCAUUUUGGUGUCUUAGCAUUUAAGUUAAAUAAAUAAUAAUAAUAAAUUAAAUAUUUAAUCUGAUGUAUUAAAAAAAAUAUUACAAAUAUGGUUUUUUGAACCUCCGAAAGCCGUCUAACCCCUUAACAAAAAAUUCUGUACCAAAAAGAAAUAAUAUAAGAACACAUUGAUUUAUAAUAUCAAAGCAUUAACUACGAUAAAUUUUUUUCCAACUAGUUCCUGCAGGAAGUUUGUAUGAUCAAGUUUUUUGUAUCCACCACGCCCUUUAGAUUUAAUGUGUUAUAUAUACAAAUCACUUAUUGCAAAUCACCAGUGUGUAUGUAUAACGAGUAUUGUACACUAGAAUUUAAUAAUAACCGUGAAGGAGUAAUAGUAACAGUAAUAGUAAUAGUAAUAGUAAUUAAGGAUUACGAUGUACCUGGUUAUUCAUACCGGAGGAAGUGGAUAUAAUUUUUUUAUUCAUUUUCUCUAUUCAACAAAUGAAAAAACUAAUGGAGCCAUCGUGCAAUUUCGUUGCGUAUGCACUGUUUAUGUUUAAUAGCUGUCUUUUAAAAUUUAUAGAUAUAAAUGCGCAGAUUUUUUCUACGAAAUUAAUUUAUGCGCAAUAUUUUAAUAAUAUGUGGCGCCAAUCCAUAUUAUCAAGUAUUAGAAAAAAUAAAUAAAAUACGAAAUGGUUGUCUAGGUACGUCCGUUAUAGUUAACACAGUGUUUAAAUGUAAUUUGCAUAUUUCCGCUUUAUGAAAUGAUUACUGUGGUGAGUAUAAUAAACAAACCGUUUUAAUGAAUGAAAAUUAAACUAAUGUUAUUAAUUAUUAAUAGCGUAGUAAGUGCAGUAAGCAAUAAUUAUGAAUAUAU